AUGGAAAACAGUGGUGUUGGCUUAGACUGCUGUGGUGAAGAUGGGUCCCGGCUGGAGUCACCACAUGGAGCUACCGCUGAUCACUCUAAUUUGUCACCAGCCAGCGUAGACCACCAUGUCGCUCUGGCCACUGCCAAAAUCAUCGAACGAGCCGGAAUCAAGGAAAACACACUGCUACCAAAUGGAAAAAUAAAACACAGAAGUGACGAAAACGGACUAAUAAACCAUGUACUGACUGGGUCCUCCGACACCAGCGGUCUGCUUAGCGCUGUUACAAGUGGAGUCGAAGCUGAUAAAUAUGAACGUUGUCCAACUACAAACGCUUCAAGCUCAACAAAAAAUGUAACGAACAACCAGAGUUCAUCUCCCACCAGCAACAGUGGUGGAGAUGCCCAUGACAAGGAUGAAGAAGAUGGUAAAAGUGAUAAACCCUUGUCUGUGUCGAUCCAGUCCCGGACAUACCAGUCCCAUGGCGAUCAAGUGGACAGUCUAACCCAACAGAUCGACACCCUUAAUAUCUCCACUAAGGACAACACAUCUAUCAAUUCUACUACAGAUACGGCCACAAAUAUUAAUAAUACUGGUAUCGGGGGGCCCUGUAGUGGUACCGAAGAUAAUGAUGUUGAUGUAAAAGCCAAUAGUGAUGAUACGGCCGGGGUGCCUUCUUCUUCUGCACGUGCUGACAACAUAGGCACUGUUGCAAAUGAUAAUAAUAAUAAUGGAGAGGGACAAUUGGAGUACCGUGUUUACGAAUGUGAGCUCCAAAUGGCCGACAUAAUGCGAUUAAUCACCAGGGACCUUUCUGAACCUUACUCAAUAUACACAUACCGAUAUUUCAUUCACAACUGGCCAAAAUUGUGCUUCCUGUGUAUGGAUGGUAGCAAAUGUGUUGGAGCCAUAGUAUGCAAGCUGGACAUUCACAAACGAGUUAUAAGAAGAGGAUACAUAGCAAUGCUUGCAGUAGAUGCUGAAUAUAGAAGGCGAAAAAUAGGUUCCAAUUUAGUGCUGAAAGCCAUCAGAGCCAUGUUAGCAGAUGGUUGUGAUGAGGUGGUGUUAGAAACAGAAAUCACGAACAAAGCUGCCCUGAAACUCUAUGAAAAUCUCGGCUUUGUACGAGACAAGCGACUUUUUCGCUACUACCUGAAUGGAGUGGAUGCUUUACGAGAUGGACAGAGAGAAGGAGGAGGAGAGAUAUUAAAAGGGGAGGUUUCUGUUGACCCCAUGUACUCUCUUUACACCUGCCUCUCUUUUCCAUACUCUCUCCUUCUCUCCAUCCUCCUGCUCCUUUUCUCUUUAUUUCUGUCUUUCCAUUGA